UGUUUACCCACCCCACCCUAGUGUUUUUCGCGCACUUGGGCGUGGCUUGUUCUGCGGCUUUGUUUAGAUGUGAAAUAAAAAGAAACGAAGUAUGGCGUCGAAUAGCAACGACAAAGAAACUAUGACUAAACCUAAAGUUAAAAUGCAAGACCAAGCUUGCCAGUUUGAUUCUUCGUUACUAGAAGAUGCCCCAACAAUGUGUGAUGCAUGUACAUCAGUGCCAAGUCCAACAGAUGCUGUAAGAAAUUGUCUGCAGAGAAUCAUUAAGUAUGAAGCAGAUCCAUAUGACAACUGUGUUCCCAUAAUAAGAGCUGAAGAUUUUUCAGAAGAGAAUGAAGGUGCAGAAAAAUAUCAUGACCCAGUCAAUGGUAAUGAUAGUCCAGUUUCAAUGACAGUCAUCAGAAGUAUUGGUAAUGUUGUAAGCAGUGAUCAAGAGCCUGGGGAUGAUUGGAGUGAUAACCCUAACACAGUGACAUCAUCAUUAGCUGGUCUGUCAUCGUUGGCUGUUGCUGUAAAAAAAGUGAUACCUCGUCAAGAUGAUGAUGAAACAAUGGAAGAGACUGUGAUGGCAAAUCCACACACACUCGGAUUAACUGGCGAUAAAUCUCGGCGAAGGAUCCACAAAUGUGAUUUCGCCGGCUGCAGUAAGGUUUACACAAAAAGUUCGCAUUUAAAAGCUCAUCGGCGAACACAUACUGGAGAAAAACCUUACAAGUGCUCAUGGGAAGGAUGCACGUGGCGAUUUGCACGAUCAGAUGAACUUACCAGACAUUUCCGCAAACAUACUGGGGCUAAACCUUUCAAAUGCCCACAUUGUGAACGAUCCUUUUCGAGAUCAGAUCAUUUGUCGUUGCACAUGAAACGUCACUGACCGUGCAUGUCAACUCAACAAUCUAGAAUGGCCUGAACCAUGGGAGGAAUCACUCUGGACAGCAAUCAGUGAAUACAUCAUAUUAAGUAAGAGUUGGGUGAAAGUUAAACCAUUCAUCCCUAAGUCAUCUAUUGUCAUCAGAAAGUCCAUUGUUUUGUCGUGGAACAGCGAGUGCACUCUUAACCUCAGUUUUAUUGAGGUGAGUUUAACUGUUAAAUAAUUCUUGGUGGUAAUGUGUAUGUAUGUGCGAUGGCUUAAAUGUUAAUGUUAGACAUAAUUGUCAUAAUUACGAUUUCUUAAAAUAAUAUCACACUAUAGAUGGCGAAUGUAAAUUGCGUAGCGUAUAUAGAAGGAACAUUAGUUUGUAUAAUGAUUUGUAUAAUAGUUUGAUUCCUAAUAUAGUAGGUGAUAGAUAAUUAAUAGUCGAUUAAUUAAUCUAUUACGUCUCGUUCCGUUAUGUUUUGUCCGCGAGUAAUCAUUUAUUCAUGUGGAAAUGAAUAUAGGUUUGUUUUUAUAUUUAUUCUUCUAACGAAUUAAAUCAGUAAAAUUUAGCAACUAAUUAGUCCAAGUGUUACAAGAAUAUCACUUUUAUUAUUCAUAUCUAUUUAGUUUUAAUCGUCCACUUUAUAUCCAGAACCGAGGGAGAUCUAUUGCCUGUUUGUUGCGGUCAUUUGGCCUUUAGACUGAUGUUUGCAGAUGUAACUUAGAUGGAUUUAGCUUCCACAUUGAAAUCAGUUAGCUGAGGGAAAUUUAGUUUCCAGGGCCAGAUAUGAACUUUGGCCGAGAAAACCUACCGGGAGUUUGACAGUUGUCGUGUUACUAGAAUGAGAGAAUAUAUGCACAAUUACAAACUGCAAAAUGACUGCAAACAAACCGACAGUACAUCUUAUCUCGGUAGUUUUGUUGAUGUGAACUUAAAUACUUUGACCUGUGCCUGGUAUCAGAGCAUUUAUGAGUAUUCCUGGUGUGUAUUCAUAUUUGCCAUGCCUGAAUGCUAUAUUAAGGUGCUUAUUGCAGUACUGUUCUCCUAAUAGGAUUGUUUAUUUGUGAGCAGUUGAAGUAGAAACAUGUACGCUUGUGUUGUUCUUGUAUACUGUCAUGUAUACUACUCCAGUUCCCACCAGAUUGCAUGAAACUUCAACGUAUCCCUGUAGUCUGAAUCUACCCAAUGUUUUUUACCUGUUAGAUUCACGCACCGUUCAAAAAUUGCUAUUAUAUGUGCAUGGAAAUACCAGUAGUAGUAGUAAUAGUAGCUAGAGUAAAAAUGAAACUGCUUAACAAAAAAAAACGUUUUAAAGAGAACAAUUAUAUGCGAUCAGAGCAACGAGGUGAUUCCGGGUUGUCUGUCUCUGGGCAGAAAUGUAGCUACUUGCCUGGUGUAAGUUACUGCGUAUGUAAAUAUAGAUAGUUUUUAAACAAAAAUAUGUAAAUUUUCUUGACCUAUAUAUACAUAUAUAUGUUAAUACAUAU